ACACGCGUGAGCUCCCGCGACCAGCACCUCCUCUCUUUCGCCCAAGGACUUUUUGGCGCAAAACAAAGCGUUCAGGUGUCACUGGUGCAUCCUAUUCUCCCGCUUCCCAUCUGGUUCGACGGGCCACCUUUGUUGCUGCUGGCCUUUCCCUUGACACACCUGCCGCUGACCUCAGUGCCCUUGGUGUAGAAAGUCGCGUCUCGGUUCUUGUCCUCGGCCCCGAUCAUAUAUUGCAAUUGUAUCCCAGCGUUGGCUGGUGAGUGUGCAGAAUGGGAAAUGAACAUACCGCAAAACCGAACGGAGGUGGAACUUUGACUCAUUGGAAUAUUAAUUAUGCGUUUGCAUAUAAACGGCAGGACAACGGUCUUACCUCAUCGUCGUAUCCCGCUUCAUCUACAGCUCCGAAUUCAGCCCCUACAGACAGCCCUACCGAUGUCGUUGCCUCCGCUUCCACAGCGGCAAACGCAAAUAUAGCUACCGUUAUUUCCAUCACCGCCCUCCCUCCUCUAGAUACGACUCUGCCUCACAAUGUCACAAAAGUUUCCUACCACCAGCACCUUGAUGUCAUUUUUCUAGCGCCGCUCUUUGCAGUGUUAGGUAUUUUACUUGGGGUGGGAGCCAUGAGUCUGUGGUGGAGGCUCAGACGACUCGGUGAUGCAGGUUCUGGCGUGUGUGGACUAGGCGGCAGGAAUACUGGCGGCGGGAGUAGGAUUAGUCUUGAACCUGGUCCUGCUUAUGCACCCGCUCCCGCUGAUGAGGGCGAUGGCGGUAUUGACUUUGCGGAAGGCCCUGGGCCAUACUCGACUCGCAAUGGGAGCACAGAAGAAGUUGCGCUCUUUGCAGCAGGCACACCCAGUAAAACAACGGUACAUGGCACGCGGUACCUCUUCCCCACGCAUAUGCGCGAUCAAGCCACCAUCGGUGGUACUGUGACCAAACCUCUUUGUACACCAUUCCUUGUAGGUGCAAGUCAGUUCGACUCAGCUGGGACUGGGACUGGGACUGGGACUGGGGACUCUGAUCAUGGCGACCCAUUCACGUGGGCGCAUAAUGCUUCUUCUUCUCGUGCAUAUGAUGCAGAAAGGGCAGAAGCAGAUCAUUCUCGACGCAGCAUGUUUCAGAGAAUCUUGAAUCGCUCGACCUCAUUUAAUGGCAGACAAUAUUCUGCGGUCAGGACGCGCGACCUCUCCCCAAGUAAACACCACUUCAACUCAAUCCCCACUUUAGCUCUAAACGUCGACCUUGCAAACACUACGACUUCCCAUGGGGGAAGGAGCAGCGCGGUGGAUGUUCCACUGCGCUCGUUUGAGGGUGGCGCAGGAAGCGAGGUACAGCGGCCUGUGAGGGCGUGGUUGGAAACUCCUGAAAGGACUGUUCAGACUCCUGAGGGCACGAGAUAUGGGAACGGCAGAUCCGACAAAUGCAAGGUCACUGGCGACCAGCAUCCUGAUUAUGCACCAAUGACGGAAACCCCACGAACCCCAGUCUCGAAAGUCAGUCAAUUUUGGACGCCUCGUUGGAAAAACAAAGUUCUACCGCUGCUCUCAUCUCAAUCCCCGGCUAAACCUUCUCCAUUUCCACCGUGCAUUGUACCAUCUCCUUCACAAUCUCCAUCACCGAUGCCGCGACAUGCUGUAUCCAUUUCGACGCAUGAAAGAUCAUCUAAAGAGCGCAAGCAGCAGGAUCUCUUUGAGAAGAGAACGGAAUCUGGCCCCAAAUUGCAGGAGCGAAACACCUCAAUUCCGCAAAUCGACUCUUCCGUUCUCCCACGUAACCCCCCGCUCCUGAUGUCUCCGCCCCUCGAGGCUGCACUACUCUUCACUUCUACAUCAUGUGGCACGCUCAGUUUCGCCACGCUUGCGAAUUUAAGCCCGAAAUUGGUCUCGCGUUCUCCACCAACGUCCAAAGCAAAGGUUUUCGCAGGGGCUUUUGAUGGCCCUUUGAUCUCGAAGCCCAAGGCGAAGGCUAACCUAGGAUCGCCCAAAAUCUUGAACAUAAAUCAGAGUGCACAUGUUACUUCUCCUGAUAUUUCGCUCUUCCCGCUUCCUUCCUCCGCAAAGAAACUCAAGAAGCGUAAGAGUCAAAGUAGAUCCAGGAAAGGGAAGCAGCAAGUGACGAAUAAAUGGACUGAGACUUCACCGAUGCUCCCGCUCCCUUCAUAUCCUGACCACCUCGUGUAUGCAGGACUGAAGACCUCUGUUUCAAUGACUCUCGCUUCGAGCCCCUCUCAACCCACGAUUUCGCCCACACCCACUAUGCUCGCGAUUCUUGCUGCGACCCAGAGCUUGGAGCGCGUAAAUGAGAUCUUGAUGCGAGGUUAUAGUGAACGGGCGCUUGGCGGUGGGGACAUGGGCGGCGAUGAGAGGGUGUUGAGAGAGAGUAUUGUCGUUGCGGGUAUCGAGGAGAGCUCAUGACAUGGACGAUAUAUAUAGGAUGUAUGAAUUGUAUCUAUUUUUGUGUUCUUUGUUCAAUCUCCUGCAGUCGACUCCGCAUCUAGCAGCUUCUAUGCCGACCUGUGGAAAGAAGGUCACAGUCGUUCUAGCUAUGCGGGGGCCAAACCCAGUGAACUCCGAAAGCACGAAGCUUGGCACUGCAAGCGUCCACUUAUUUUCCACACGAUCGUAUUGACUCUGCGAUUUUUCUUUCCCCGGUGAAAACCACAUAUGCGUAAUACUGCCGAUAUUGAUCGUCUACAUGGGACUUGACAUGUAGGUUUUGC